AUCCUUCUGAAAAUGACGGUUUAAAUCAUAAACAUUUCCCUCACUCUCUCUCUUCACCUCCAAAACCCUGCCUCCCUCUGCUUUCUCUCUCUAACUCUCACUUUCUCUCUCCUCUCAACUGGUUGAAUAAAUUUUGAACGAAGCGAUGUCGUUGAGGCCAAAUGCUAGGACGGAAGUUCGCCGGAAUCGAUACAAAGUCGCCGUUGACGCCGAUGAAGGUCGCCGGAGAAGAGAGGAUAAUAUGGUGGAGAUCCGAAAGAAUAAGAGAGAGGAAAGCUUGCUCAAGAAGCGUCGUGAAGGUCUUCAAGCUCAGCAGCAGUUUACUCCUUCUCUUCACGCUUCUACUGUUGAUAAUAAGAAGCUAGAGAGUUUGCCAAAUAUGGUGGCUGGGGUUUGUUCUGAGAAUAAUCAAUUGCAGUUGGAGGCCACAACACAGUUUCGAAAAUUGCUUUCCAUUGAACGAAGCCCACCGAUUGAGGAAGUUAUACAAGCUGGAGUUGUACCCCGCUUUGUGGAGUUUCUUCAAAGGGAGGAUUAUCCACAGUUACAGUUUGAGGCUGCAUGGGCUCUUACAAACAUUGCAUCAGGGACCUCAGAGAACACUAAGGUGGUGAUUGAUCAUGGGGCUGUUCCAAUAUUUGUGAAGCUUCUUGCUUCUCCUAGUGAUGAUGUCCGUGAGCAGGCAGUGUGGGCUUUGGGUAAUGUUGCUGGUGACUCUCCUAGAUGCCGGGAUCUGGUUCUCAGUAGUGGUGCGUUGAUUCCAUUGCUUGCUCAACUCAAUGAGCAUUCCAAGUUGUCCAUGCUUAGAAAUGCCACAUGGACUCUAUCUAACUUUUGUAGAGGAAAACCACAACCUCCGUUUGAGCAGGUGAAGCCAGCUCUUCCUGCCCUUGAACGACUCGUUCAUUCAAAUGAUGAAGAAGUGUUGACAGAUGCAUGCUGGGCACUUUCUUACCUAUCCGAUGGACCAAAUGAGAAGAUUCAAGCUGUGAUUGAGGCAGGUGUAUGCUCACGAUUGGUUGAGCUCCUCACGCACCCAUCUCCUUCGGUGCUGAUUCCCGCCCUCCGCACAGUUGGUAAUAUAGUCACUGGAGAUGAUUCGCAAACACAGUUUAUCAUCGACAGUGGUGCAUUGCCAUGUCUUUUGAACCUGUUGACUAAUAAUCACAAAAAGAGCAUUAAAAAGGAAGCUUGUUGGACCAUAUCAAACAUUACAGCUGGAAAUAAAGCACAGAUUCAGGCUGUCAUUGAAGCUGGUUUGGUUGGCCCUCUAGUCAACUUGCUUCAAACUGCGGAAUUCGAUAUUAAGAAAGAAGCUGCUUGGGCGAUAUCUAAUGCUACAUCCGGUGGAGCUCCAGAGCAAAUAAAGUUUCUUGUAAAUCAGGGAUGCAUAAAGCCAUUAUGUGAUCUGCUUGUGUGCCCUGAUCCAAGGAUCAUCACUGUCUGUCUGGAAGGGUUGGAGAACAUUCUGAAGGUAGGUGAAGCAGAAAAGAAUUCGGGCACCACUGGAGAUGUUAAUUUCUAUGCGCAGAUGAUAGAUGAAGCUGAGGGAUUGGAAAAGAUUGAAAAUCUUCAAAGUCAUGAUAACAAUGAGAUUUAUGAGAAAGCAGUGAAAAUUCUCGAGACAUAUUGGUUGGAGGAAGAGGAAGAGGCUGCUGCUGUACCAUCUGGUGAUAAUACCCAAGCUGGGUUCCAGAUGUGGAGCAAUGAAGGCCCCUCUGGUGGAUUUAAGUUUGGCUGAAGGAUUGGGAUGGAUGCAUUAGUAGCAGUAUGUUGAAGUUAACGAGAUGGAUCUUGGACUCUAGCUUGACAUCAGGUGGACUUCGAGGUCCAGCUCUGCUCGAGCUGGGUUUGGUUAUGUCAUAUUGCAUGUGUCAAGUCUGUGGUCAAGGAGGAGCGGCCAAUGGGGGUCUGUCAAGGGCCAGAUGUUAAACUAAUGGUGAUAGUGCUCUGGUAUGGUGUUCCUCCGCGUAUUGUUACCCUUUGUUGGGGUUUAUAUGUCAAAUAGUGGUUUUUUUAGUGUUUUUUUUUUAUUUUUUUUUUUAUUAUUUUUUUGUAUUUGGGGGAGUUGGGAAGGGUAUUUUGGUUUGAAAAAGAAGGGUUUUGUAGCUGCCAUUAUUGUGUUCAAUACAAGUAGUAUUAGUUAUUUGUCCUAUAGAGUCUCACAGGAUAUUUGUUUUCGAUUGGCACUUGCCAGUUUAUCCUUCUCAGGUAACCCUAGUUUUUGUUUUCUGUAACACAUUUCUUAACCUCAAGGAUAUAUGUUAAAUGAUCAUAGAAAAAUAUUAGAUAUUUGUGUUAUACACAUUUAUGAAAUAUCGAAAUGUGUUACGAUGCUUGA